AUGCAAUUUACCGUUCGGGACAUCAUGGCAGCAGUUGAAAGACUGGACACGUACCGCAUGCGUAGUGGACCACAUAGAAGUCUUUCAGAGCAGCACUUCUGGAUGGCAUGUCUUUGUAUUGACGUGGUAGCAGGUCUUCUAAACGGCGGUAUUUUCAACGGACGCUCGAUUAUUGCGUCUGACAAGAACCGCAACCAUCCCAUCAAAAUCAGGGAACUAGCCAUACCACAAAAAAGAACUCAAAGACAGACACAGCGAUACCAGCAUGCGCCUCCAAUCCAUCAUGUAUUGUCAGUACCAAUGGCCACGGCGGCCCCAUACUCUGUGCCCCCCGAGCAGUACUACAUGACUGGUUACUCCCCGGCCAACGGCCCCAGAUUCACCAGUCACUCUGUUCCACAAGGCUAUGUUCAUCAGACACCUAUCAUAGUAACAACUGAAGCACCUAUAAGACCAGCUACAUAUCAGACUGCAGGCCCGGGCAGUUACUAUGCCUACGACAUGGGAUCAUCGCCCAAUACAGUUACCUAUGUUCCUCAAUACCGACCUGAAAGGAUGCAGUUUUCUCAAUCUUAUUCUUGCCCCGACGAACACUCAGACUUUUACCCCAAAUGCGGUUUCCCCAUCGAAGAACCAUCCGAAUACAUUGCGACGGAACCACACAAGCUACAUGUGUCACCAUUUCCACAACAAGCGGAGGCUCAUGAAGUCAAGGCAUGGAUCCGGCACAAAGUGGACAAGACAAAUAUCCACUCCAUAGAGAUUCCAAAGAACAGCAAUAGCAGGUACCUCAGGGGCUACGUCUUGGUUGAGUUUGACAGUGCUUCGGCCGCGAAUACGGCUAUAGAACGACUCAACAAAGCACGCUUCCAAGGCCGAAGAGUGAUAGCGCGACCCACUCGAGAAGGCGCUGAGAUCGGACAACCAGGCUUUUUACACGAGACGACCGCUUGGAGCGAUACCAAGUUGAGUGAAACGAAUAUCGCAGCAGCACCUUCUUAUGAGAGAGAUGAAGACAAUCAUAGAGAUGAUAAGCCCCAAAAACCAAAGAACAGGGAAGUCAGGUCGACAGGUCCUGAGAAAAAGAGGACGACGGAAAAGAAGCUGCCUCCCACAGGCAGGAAGACAGCUGUAUCGCAAACAGAUAAGAAGUCGCCAUCAAAAAGCCCAUCCUCUAAUAGGGAGCUAGCGUAUGGUUUACCAGCUAGUGAUAAGAAGCACGCCCAACCAUUAUAA